AUCGAUGAAUCUCGCCGGGAAACUCGGCUGUGUGGUGCUGGUUCUGCUCGCAGCUCAAGGCUGCUGUUCAUCCAAAGGGGAAGACAGAUUGUUUCGGAGGUUGUUCCGAAAGUACAACCAGUUCAUCAGACCUGUGGAGAAUGUAUCAGAUCCAGUCAUGGUGGCGUUUCAAGUCUCCAUAUCCCAACUGGUCAAAGUGGAUGAGGUCAACCAGAUCAUGGAGACCAACCUGUGGUUGAGACAUAUCUGGAAUGACUACAAGCUGAAAUGGGCCCCUGUGGAUUAUGACGGGAUCGAGUUCAUUCGAGUUCCUUCGAACAAAAUUUGGAGACCAGAUAUUGUUCUGUACAACAAUGCUGUGGGGGAUUUCCUGGUGGAGGACAAGACCAAGGCCCUGCUGAAGUUUGAUGGCACCAUCACCUGGGUUCCUCCGGCCAUAUUCAAGUCCUCCUGCCCCAUGGACAUCACCUACUUCCCCUUCGACUACCAGAACUGCUCCAUGAAGUUUGGGUCAUGGACCUAUGACAAGGCAAACAUAGAUCUGGUUCUCAUUGGUUCUAAGGUGAACCUCAAAGACUUCUGGGAGAGCGGCGAGUGGGAGAUCAUCGACGCGCCGGGCUACAAGCACGACAUCAAGUACAACUGCUGCGUGGAGAUCUACCCGGACAUCACCUACUCCUUCUACAUCCGCCGGCUGCCCCUCUUCUACACCAUCAACCUCAUCAUUCCCUGCCUGCUCAUCUCCUUCCUCACCGUGCUGGUCUUCUACCUGCCGUCCGACUGCGGGGAGAAGGUCACACUUUGCAUUUCCGUGCUGCUGUCGCUCACCGUAUUCCUGCUGGUCAUCACUGAGACCAUUCCCUCCACCUCGCUGGUCAUCCCGCUCAUCGGCGAGUACCUCCUCUUCACCAUGAUCUUUGUCACGCUCAGCAUCGUCAUCACGGUCUUCGUGCUCAACGUGCACUACCGCACGCCCAUGACCCACACCAUGCCGGCCUGGGUGCGUUCCGUGUUCCUGGAUGUCCUGCCCCGGGUGAUGUUCAUGAGGCGGCCCCUCGACGUGGGCUGCAACCCCCCCCUCUGCGCCCUCACCGGGCUGGAGGCGGGGGGGGGGGGACGAGGAAGAGGAGGAGGAGAAGGGGCAGUAGGAGGAGGAGGAGGAGGAGGAGGAGGAGGAGGAGGAGUAGAUGGCAUAAGGCAUGACAGUGUGACGGUGGGGGGGAUCGCUGGGGGCAUAGGGGGGCUGCAGCUCUCGGACGGCGGGGGGGUGGGCGUCUCUGCCCCCGCCCCCAACGUGGGCGCCGUGACGGCGGUGAACUGCCUGGAGUACCGGGAGCUGAGCAAGGACCGCAGCCUGAACAGGAGGAGCAACUACCGCGGGAAGGAGGUGCCCAUCCCCGUGCCACCCCCCGUGGUGCCCCCUCUGCCCCGGAACCCCCCAAGCCCAGCGGAACCUCCUGAGCCCGAGCCCCCCAAGCCCCCCAGGACCCUCCACGCCGCCCCCUCCCCCGUCAGCGCCCUGGCGGCACUGACGGGGAUCUCCCCUGAGAUCAAGCAGGCCAUCGAGAGCGUCAAGUACAUCGCCGAGAACAUGAGGACCAGGAACAAGGCCAAGCAGGUGGAGGACGACUGGAAGUACGUUGCCAUGGUGAUUGACAGGAUCUUCCUGUGGGUCUUUGUGACGGUGUGUGUCCUCGGGACCGUGGGACUCUUCCUGCAGCCACUCAUCAGCUUCUUUAAAUGA